AGGUGUGCUGCUGGAGAAAAUCCACUCCAGACAGAUACAUUUCCUCCUCUCCAGCUCGACCAGCAGGCUGCUUUAAAACCUCCAGCCCACAACAGUUUCUUCCUCUCUGCACGCUGACUCGCCAUCAGAGAGGAGGAAGACUCUCCAGACCUCCACAACAUCAACCUUUUGUUCUCUGCAGAACACACUUCUGAAGAGAAAGCUCAAUCUGUGCGUCUGCAGGUCAGAUGUUUGAGUUGUUUUAGUUUGAGAGAUUCAGAGUUUUUCUUGGUGUUUUUCGUUAGAGUCAUGAGGGCCGAGGUGCUGGUCGUCUGGGUGGGUUUGACCCUGAGCUGCUGCUGCUGCUGCGCUGCUCUGGACGGAGCUCGAGAAGAUGAUGUGGAGGAGAAGAAACUCUCCAGAGAUCAGAUUCAAGUGAGAAGAGAAACCCGAGAACUGGUGGAGCACAGGAUGCCGGGGGAGGAAGAGGCUGUAGAAAUGAUGAGAGAUGAGCCUGUUGAGGUGGUGGAAGAGGAGAGGACGAAACCAAAGAAGAAGAAAACACCUGAGGAAAUUGAGGCAGCCAGAGCAAAGAAAGCAGCGGAGAAGGAAGCCAAAGCAAAGAAGCAGAAAGGCCCUAAACCCACCAAAAAGCCCAAAGCCCCGAAAGCCACCAAAAAACCCAAAGUGCCAAAACCUACGAAGAAGCCGAAGGCGCCCAAAGCCACCAAGAGACCGAAGGAGACGACCACGCUGCCGCCACCGGUCACCAAGAGUCCUUCUCUGGACGAGGAAGAGGAGCGGCUGCUGAUCGAACUGGGCUGGGACACACUGAUCCGACCUGUGACCCCAGUGGAGCCGGCGUGGGAAGAGCCCGUCGAGCCGGGACUGGAUCGUGAUAGAAAACGAACCACAACUACUGAGGUCAUCAUGUAUAUACCAGAGGAAUCCACCACCGUCCCGUAUGUCGGCCCCUGGUAUGAAGAGUACGAUUACGCCGACUUGUCCGCUAAGAAACAAGAAGAAGAGGAGGAGAGAGCUCGCAAAGAAAAGGCAGAAAAAGCCGAGCGUCUGAGGAAGAAGUGGGAGGAGGAGGAAGACGAGAGACUGAAGCAGAUCUCAGUGCCUGUUGAACUAAAAAAGUGUCCUCCUCUGGGCCUGGAGUCUCACCGGGUGGAAGACGACCAGCUGCUGGCGUCCUCUCAGUCUCACCACGGCUUCACGGCUCAGAGGGGACGACUCAACAUGCAGGGCUCUGAUAACGAGGAGGAUCUGUACGGCGGUGCGUGGUGUGCAGAGGCAGAGGAGAGGAACCACUGGUUCGAGGUGGACGCACGCCGAGAGGUGGAGUUCACCGGGGUCAUCACUCAGGGAAGAAACUCAGGGCAACUGGAGGAUUUUGUGUCGUCGUACUUUGUGGCGUUCAGUAACGACAGCCGUGACUGGACGACGCUUGAUGACGGCUACGCCGAGUGGUUGUUCUAUGGGAACGUGGAUAAGGACACGCCGGUGUUGGGUCAGUUCGCGGCGCCCGUGGUGGCGCGCUACAUCCGCAUCCUGCCUCAGAGCUGGAACGGCAGCUUGUGUCUGAGAGCGGAGGUCCUGGCCUGUCAACUACCAAGCAGCUACCGCAGUGAGAAUGAAGUCACCCCGUCAGAUGACCUGGACUUCAGACACCACAACUACAAGGACAUGAGACAGAUGAUGAAGGUGAUAAACGAAGAGUGUCCCAACAUCACCAGGAUCUACAACAUCGGUAAAAGCUCUCAGGGCCUGAAGAUGUACGCCAUGGAGAUCUCCGACAACCCCGGAGAGCACGAGACCGGCGAGCCUGAAUUUCGGUACACAGCUGGUCUCCACGGUAACGAGGCGCUGGGUCGAGAGCUCCUCCUCCUGCUGAUGCAGUUUCUGUGUAAGGAGUACAAGGAUGAGAACCCCCGAGUGCGCCGCCUGGUGGACGGAGUGAGAAUACACUUGGUGCCUUCACUCAACCCCGACGCCUACGAGCUGGCCUUCGAGAUGGGCUCGGAGAUGGGGAACUGGGCGCUGGGCCACUGGACCGAAGAAGGUUACGACAUCUUCCAGAACUUCCCGGACCUCAACAGCAUCCUGUGGGGAGCCGAGGACAGAGGCUGGGUCCCUCGCAUCGUGCCCAACCAUCACAUCCCUCUCCCGGAAAACUUCGUCAACGGCUCUCUCGCUACGGAGACAAAAUCCAUAAUUUCCUGGAUGGAGCGCACCCCAUUUGUGUUGGGAGCUAAUCUGCAAGGAGGAGAAAAAAUGGUCGCAUACCCUUUUGACAUGCAGCGUCCAUCAAUCGCUGUAACCGACAGCCGGCGUUGGAGAGGUAACUCCGACAUGAACGAGGAGACGUGGGCUCGCAUUCAGCGGCAGAACGAGGGAUCUCUGAGGGAGACGGCAGACGACACCAUGUUUCGAUGGUUGGCAAUGUCGUACGCCCACAGCCACCUGACCAUGACGGAGACCUACCGAGGCUCCUGCCAUGGAGAUGAUGUCACCGGGGGACAGGGCAUCACCAACAGAGCCAGCUGGGAUCCGGUGGUGGGCAGUAUGAACGACUUCAGCUACCUGCACACCAACUGCUUCGAGCUGUCCGUCUUCUUGGGCUGUGACAAGUUUCCCCACGAGAGUGAACUUCCUCUGGAGUGGGAGAACAACCGCGAGGCUCUGCUGUCCUUCAUCGAACAAGUACAUCGAGGGAUAAAGGGCGUAGUGAGAGACGUGGAGGGAAAUCCGCUACCUAACGCCACCGUAACCGUGGAGGGAAUACGGCACGAUGUCAAAACUGCUUUAGGUGGCGACUACUGGCGUCUGUUGAACCCCGGAGAGUACCGGGUGACGGCCAGAGCCGACGGCCACACCCCUCAGACCCGACUCUGCAUGGUGGGCUACGACUCCGGAGCCACGUCGUGCAGCUUCACCUUAGCCAAAUCCAACUGGGACCGCAUCAAACAGAUCAUGGCGCUCAACGGCAAGAGGCCCAUUCGACUAGUCCCCAAAGUCAACGUGGUGAAGACGACGGCGGCUACCAGCCCCGCCGCCCCCACCGUCGACAGCCACGCCGUCGCUCAGAACGCAGAGCGACUCCGGCGGCUACGGAUCAUGCGUCUACGCCGGCUGCGUCAGCAGAGACUACGAGGCGGUCUCAGCACCACUCCGACUACAACGACCACGACGACAACGACAACGACAGCCCCCACGACGAUACGUAUAACAGAGAGAACCACUUCCUGGUACGACUCCUGGUUUCCGGUGGACAGUUGGAUGACGGAGAACCCGUUCGAUAGCGUCAACUUUGACGCGGUGCCCACACAGGACUAUCCUUUUGAAUACACCAUUGAUUGAUUCCUACAUCACAUCUAUGUAAGACCGUACUAACCACUUCAGUCAGCUGCAACAUGACAGCUUCAAAAUACAGUAUGUUGAUUAUUUAGUGUUCACUUGUUGGCUAAACGGAGACGAGGGCGACUUUAAGGGAACGUCCAUGAGAUAAAUAUGUUUUUGGAAAAUUCUUCACAGAGAAUUGAUCUGGAAUAGAAAGCUUCUGCUGAGCAGAGACGAUAUAAACACACGUUUAAUUGGAUUCAAUAAAACAAUAUACGGCAUGUCACAACACAUAUGAUAAUGUUCCUUUAACGGCUUUACGGUGGGAUUGCUGGUUUAAUGUACUGCUGAAUGCAUCUGAUUAAAAUGAGUUAUUUUCUAAAUAA